CCAUAUUUGGUUAACAAACACAAGUGUACACACAAUGGCCGAUAUUGUAUAUGAUGCCAAAACCACUGAAGUUUCAUAUCGCCUUCUUCACAUGAAAAUUCGUGCAAUUCAGAUAACUAGAGUAUCCUGGACCCCGCCCCCACCACCAGCUGUCCCUGAGACAACAUGUACAGCGUUCCUCCGCCCAAUCCCAUCAGAUUGUUUCCUAGGAAACGGAGCUCCCCAGACACCUUCAGUACACCACCAGCCACCUAAUAUAUACCAGUUAAUCACGUACGUGCGUGUGUGCGUGCCUGCGUGUGAAAAAAUUACA